CAUAUCUAAAAGGUUAAUAAAAUAUUUGUUACAAAUUACAGGAAAGCACUAACUUACCAGUGUGUAUACAUAAUUAAUAUUCAUAAGCAAAGAACAUUAUCCCAAAAUCAAAUAAACGUCAUUGAAUUGGAAUAAUAAAGUAAACUAAAUAUCUAUAUUUAAUAUUGACAUACUUCAGAAAAAGAGGGAAGCCAUAUAUGUGUUGUAAACUGAAGAUUAUUGCUAAUAACAACGGCAAGAAAUAUAACACUUAAAAAAAUGUCGGUUAUUGAAUUGAAUAAAAGAUAUCCCUUGGUUCUUGAAGAAAGCAACACUUUCUUUGAGGAAUGGAAACGUUGGUGUCGACUUUGUGCAAAAGCCGAAGUGCAAUGUAUUAAUGCUUUAACAGGACACUAUGCGCAAUCCACACUCGCAAGUGAUAAUUACAACUCGUUAAACAUACUUGCUGCUAUAGAUGAAUUUUUUCACGUUCAGAUUAAGGAAGAUGAGAAGCUCUCACCUUUUGUUUGCACCGAGUGUUUCGAUGUGGUAACAUCAUUUGUUAAAUUUAAUGAUAACGUUAAAAAGGUUCAGCAAUUGUACCAUGAGCUUUUGCAUAGCGAUGAUAAGACCAAACUCAAUUUGCCAGCUUUAUAUGCUAGGUAUGGUCUAUGCAGAGAAGAGACUAUUUUGACACAAAUCAGUAGUAGCAAAGUGCCAGUGGAAGAAAUUUUCAUUGCUGAUUCGCCCGUACCAAAGUGUGCUAAUUUAUCGAUUCAAAUAAAAAAUGAAAGUUCUGAUGAAUUUCCGGCAGAAGUGUUUAUUAAAGAGUUCGAGAAAAAGGAAGAAUUUCAAGACCCAUUCGGGGAAGAGGAAGUAUUCACAGAAUUGAAAACCCGUGCGCCUGUAAAUGACGACGAUAAUAGCAGAAGUGAAGAUUUCAAUUUGCCAAUGGAUACCGAAGAUACUGAUGAUGAAGACGAAGAAGUUUAUACAAAAAAUAAAAUUAAUAAUGACAGUGUAGAGUCAGAAGAUUCUGCUGAAAUAGCCAAAGAAACGGCACAUACUUGUGGUAUUUGUUUAAUGAGUUUUCAUCGCAGAUGUAACUAUUCGGUACACGUAAAGAAAAAGCAUAGUAAACACUUAUGCCGGCAUUGUCCAAGCUUAUUUGAUAGUAAACCAGUUUUAAAGGAACAUAUGAAAGACCAUCGACAAUUAUUCCCCUGCCCACAUUGCGAUCGCAAAUUCGUAACAAAGGAAUACGUAUCGCAACACAUAAAGUUUAUACAUGAUGACGAACGUCCAUUUAUUUGCGAAACAUGCGGUGAUGCCGUCCGCACGAAGGGACAACUUAAAGAACACAUGUUGACUCACACGGACUAUUCGCCCUUUGAAUGCAAAGAAUGUGGAAAAUGCUUUAAGCAAAAACAACGGUUGAAGAGACACAUGCAAAUACAUGGAGAUAAACUUAUUUGCAAUGAAUGUGGGAAACAGCUAAGUUGCCGGGCCACAUACAAUAGCCAUAUGUUAGUCCAUUCCGACAAAAUGCAACACAAAUGUGACUAUUGCGGCAGAGCUUUCAAGCGUGCCAAAACACUGAAAAGCCAUUUAAUACUUCACAGUGGAUUAAAACCAUAUUCGUGCGAAUUCUGUGAUAGGACGUUUACAAAUGGGUCAAAUCGACGUACACAUAUGAAAAGAACACAUCCAAGUGAAUUAGCUGAGUUAGAAGCUUCAGGAGAAAAAAUGUAUACCAAAAAUAUACCAGAACUAGCCGUGCUGAAAUCUGUUAUACGGAAAGCGGAGAACCUUAUACCUGUUGUCUCAAAACAAAGUGGAAAUUUUGCUUUCGGCAAAAAAACAAGCUCCAAACCAGUAAAUACUGCGGACACCAAGAAUUCCGAAUCAAUGAAAUAUAGAAGAUAUUUACUUAAUUAUUUGAUAAUCUGCUCUAUAUACAUGAACAAUUAUCGUCCACAAAACUAUCGAGUGCAUUCUAUACAAUCGACAGAUAUCUGCGGACACUCAAUUUUAUCUUCCCUAUCCGAAAAACAUCUGUUCUUAUUCGUGUAUGAAAAUAUGAAUGUAGUGCACGAAUUAAGAGCUGAUGAAAAGCUCAAUACCAAUAUUGAUAAAAUUGCGCCUUGGCAUUUUUGGUGUCGCUUAUGUGCAAAGCAAGAUAUUCAAAACAUUAGUGUUUUUUUGAAAGAUGAACAUAUGGUUACUUCUACAGGCAAUGGAGAGGAAAACAAUCUCGGUCUUAAUAUUGCUAUUACGAAAUACUUUUGUGUGCAAAUAAAAAUGAAUGAUGAACUGCCAGACCGAUUGUGUACUGAGUGCUUUUCUUUAGUAACUUCUUUGGUGAACUUCAAUGAACGGGUGAUAAAAGUGCAAGAAAUGUAUGAAGCCCUUCAAAGUCUUAGUGACAUUACAGAAAUGGAUUACCAAACGUUACGUUUGAAGUUUGGUGUGCCAAUUGAUGAUCGACCACAUGAGUUUCUAUGCCGUACAGUAGGGGAGGUACACUUACAUGAAGAAAAACCAAAAAUAAAUGAAUUUGUUGAAAAAAGUUUUAUGGAAGAAGCUGUGAUAGAUAUUUCACCAAAAGUGUGUAACAAAGUUAUUGAAAUAAAGGAAGAAAAUUCAAUUGAGUUAACACCGCCGGCAGAUGAAGAUGUAUACGAUUUUGAAAAUGAAGACGCUUGUGACGAAGACCCCUUUGGCAGUGAUAGUGAUAUGAAAAGCGAUGAAAAUUCUAGUUCUAGUGAAAGUUCUGUGAAUAACUCACGAAAAAAACGUAUAAAAGAAAAACAUGACACGGAAAUAGAUGAAACAAAUAUUAAUUAUAUUAAAAAACGAAAAAUUAAAACAAAUGAUGAUUUUAAGCAAGCAGAAGAGAGCGGCGAUGGUGAAUGUAAUGAAAUAUAUACAUGCAAAGUAUGCGCGCAGACAUUUAAAAGAAUCUCCAAUUAUCGCACACAUAUGGAACGCAAACAUGGGCAACUUGCGGUCGUGCCCAAAUUCACAUGUACCGAUUGUCCAUUUACAUGCAACACACAAGCACAACUAAAUCAUCAUGCCGUCAAACAUUUGCCGCUUACAAAGCGACGCAUUGUGCCCUGCCCUCAUUGUGACCAUAAAUUCCCUACUAAGACCUAUGUGGCCCAGCAUAUAAAGUAUGUGCAUAUGAACGAACGCUCCUUUAUUUGUGAGGAAUGCGGCGAAGCUGUGCGCUCAAAGGGACAACUUAAACAACAUAUGCUCACACAUACAGAUUAUGCACCAUUUGAAUGUGAAGUGUGUAAAAAAGGCUUUAAAAAUCAAGUGCGACUUAAAAAACACAUGGAAACCCAUAAUCCAAAUAAGCACAUUUGUGCCGAAUGUGGUUUGCAAUUAAACUCCAAAGCUACAUUGAACCGUCAUUUGUUGGUGCAUUCCGACGUCAUGCAACAUAAAUGUGAUUUUUGUGGACGAGCUUUUAAGCGCGCAAAAGCAUUAAAAAAUCACCUUAUUCUGCAUACAGGUCUCAAACCCUAUUCGUGCGACUUUUGUGAUAGAACAUUUGCCAAUGGUUCUAAUUGUCGUACACAUAAAAGAAAAGCACAUCCCGAAGAGUUAGCCGCAUUAGAAGCCUCUGGAGAAAAAGCAUAUACUAAAAAUAUACCGAAAUUAGCAGUACUGAAGUCUGUCACACGUGCGGCUGAUAAUCUAGCGCCCGUUGUUUCUAAACAAAGUGGAAAUUUCGCUUUCGGCAAAAAACCCAAACUGCCACCGGACAGCGUGGGCACUAUUAGUAAAAAACAAGCUAAAACGCUCAAACAAACCAUCGCAACGCCAACGAUUCCUGCAUCUAUCGCGCCUGGCAACAAUAAUGCCAAUCAUGGAAUACUUUCCGACCUUGAAACGAAUAACCAGCGUUUGGACGAUGAACAUAACUCGCUUGGCAGAAAUAUACCCACAAUCGAUAAUAUAUACAAUCAUCUAAUGAAGCAAACUGCCACCAACAGUGGUUGUGCUAUGAACUCUACCUCCAUACUGAAUCCCAUGCAUAUGGAACUUAAACGCUCACACAGUGAAGACUCAUCACCUGCUAACAACAGUUGUGUAGCUAUUGAUAUAACAAAUGUUAUUGCGCAGCAGCAAACGCCGCUUAAUCAGCAAAUAUUAGUGCCGGUACAAGAUGCUGCAGUCCAAAAUUUUUGUACAGCAUUUAUAAAGCAACAUCAAAUGGGUAAACAACAACAACACAUAGCUGCAUUACAACAACAUCAUGACGAAAUAUCCAUACAUAGUCCGGCGAGUCAUAUUUCUCAUCACACCGAAGAGCUCUCAACAGCAUCAGCAAGCGCAGCGGAAGCAAAUAAAUUUUAUAGCCACAUAAGACAACAUACUCCAGAUAGUUAUCUUUAGAUGUCACUUGAUAGCAAUAGAAGGCUUUCCUCAACUAAUGACUAUGAAUGUGAAUGCAUAUUGUGAGUGAUUUCUUUGUGUAGUUAUAUUUUUGUUCGUGUGUACGUAUGUUUGACUUAGCGUAUUUACACGGUAGUGCUAAUGUAAUUAUAAGUAAUCAGUAAUUUUAAAUUAAUUGUAAAUAUUUUUUAACGUUACAUCAUUAUUAUCGGCUGCAUUGAUGAUGCACAUAUGUCAACCAAUGUCAAUCUCCAUAGUUACACAAUCAAAUUAUGUAUUUCAAAUCAAAAUUUUUUUACAAACAAUAGUGCUUAGACAUACUCCAAAAAGGUAACUUUCGUUUUUCUAUUAAAAUUUCAAAAAAUAAUUAUAAAUUGUUGCUAGUUUUAAUUAUGUGAAGUUGUUUAUGGUGUGUAAAGUGUAUAUCAAGCUUAAAUAUAAGUUUUAUGAAUAUUAUAUAUUCAGUACUUGUAAUGUGUUAGUAAAUAUAUUUUUUCUGUCAGUUUUCCAUUCUGAUUUGAAAAAACUUGCAAUCAAAAUGUGCGUUAAUUUUUAGUAAUAGUUGGUAAUAUUUAUUUUAGAUAUACUUAAACGAAAAACUAACAAAUAGAAAAAAAUUUAUAAUUUUUUUAUCGG